AUGCUCCUCGUGAAAGCUGCCAUCUGCCCAUGGGCUCUUCUUGCAGUGCAAGUGUUCGGCCUGGUCAUCACACGGGAUUCGGACCAAAAUGUCUUGGCCACCGAUACAAUAACAACGACGCCUUCUACUCCCACUUCCAACUUCGAUUUGCAUAUCCUACAGACUGAAACUCCCACAGCAAGUCUCUCAGUCGCUGAAUCUAUACCUCUUAUAACGCAAGCUCCGGCCUCGAGCGCUGGCGGCAUUCGAAAACGCCAGCCAUGCUGCUUCGAUGAUCGAGGUUUCCGAGUUGAUUGUGCAACAUGGACUGGCUACUACUAUACUUGGGGUCCCAGCGGAAACCCGUACGAAGGCGGACCUGAGUGUGACGGCAACUGGAACGGUGACGGAAGCGGCAGUGGCGGCGGGACCGGCAGUGGACAGAAUGAUGGCAAUGGUCAAGUGGCGCCUUACGACAGCUCAGCAACGACAUGGCCUCAACGCGAAUUCAACCUGGCACUCGGCAUUGGCCUACUGUUGAUAGCAGUGAUGCUGUAG